UGACCUAGUCGUGUGGGUCAGGGAGAAGCUACUGAGAAGCUAGCACCGGUAGCGGCUCAUGGUCAUAGUGCUGCAGGGAGAAGGUCGAUAGUAGGACAGCAGCAUCCUCUUCUCUCCUUACCUCAAGCUUCCGUGUUGUCUGUGUGCUUCAUGCAAAAGACACAAAGCCAAACGCUUUUUAAAUUCCGUGGAUUUUAAAGAAAUAUACGUAGGUUGCCAACCGCUUAGCGAGCUAGCUUCAAGUUUAAGUGUCUUCUUCUUCUCCUCUGAACAUCUACAAUCAUGGCUGCGCUGAGAGCGUCUUAUCACAGGAUUUUGGACCGGAUCGAGCACAUACUGCCCGCCAAACUGAGGCCUCUGUACAACCACCCAGCAGGUCCCAAAACAGUGUUCUUCUGGGCCCCGAUGUUUAAAUGGGGUCUGGUGUUCGCUGGAUUGGCUGAUAUGACUCGACCAGCAGAUAAACUCAGUAUGUCCCAGUCUGGAGUGCUGACGGCCACAGGCCUGAUCUGGUCCAGAUAUUCAUUGGUUAUUAUCCCGAAGAACUGGAACCUGUUCGCUGUCAACUUCUUUGUGGGCAGCGCUGGGGCCUCUCAGCUGUACAGGAUCUGGAGGCACAAGCAGGACAUGAAGGCACAGGCUAAACAGGAAGCAGAGUCCUGAGGCUUUGGUUCCUGUGGCCAACAUAAAGGGAGACUCUCAUCAUCUCUACAUCACACCAUCCUGUCUCCAUAACACACCCAUGCCAUAACCAUUGUUUGUUCUACCACAUUAAGCCUGUUGGCCCUGUUGGAAAUAUGCACUUUUCCUUAAGUUUCAGAUUUCCUCAGGGUGAAAUAAAUAAAUAAAAAAAAAAAAAAAAAGUUUUUUAACUUUAGUCAACACGCACUCAAGAAUGGUGGUCAUCAACGCACAAAUACUAUUUGUUCGACAAGUUGUAUGAUUGUACAGUGUUUAAUUUAACAUCAUGCUUUAUUUAUAUAUAUAUAUAUAUAUAUAUAUAUAUAUAUAUAUAUAUAUAUAUAUAUAUACACAUAUAUAAUAUCAUGUACCAGCAGGUUCUAGUUUUUCUUCCAUCAUCUGUUUUCAGGUGUAGCAAUCAGUACCUCAACUGUUCCCGAAUACAUGUAACUCAUGGAUUUUCGUUGGAAGUGGUUUAAGGAAUGUUUCCGAAUGAAAUUACGCAGAAUGUCACAUACACGUACAUUUACAUAUUUAAAAUUUGUCCAGUCAUCUGUACCUCAUCGGUUAUUAAAUCAUAAUUGAUUAUCGUGUAAUGAUUCCUUCCAUUUUAAUGGCUUUAAAUGUUUUAACCUGUGAAAACAAGUCCUAAUUUAUGAAUCGCUUGAUUACGAAUAUUCUCUUGCAGCUUAAACUGUAUAGGAAGAUACCUUUGUUUCCUGAUUCUAUAUCAGGGAUAUGCACUCAGCUUUUUAUUGAGCCAACGAGCAACGCCGGUACUGACAUACUAAUGGUUUAUUAUUAUCAGUAACCUCUGUUUAAAAGGCCUUGUUGUUCUUCAGAAGGUGUUUUAUAUUGUUUCUCUGUAAGAAUAGUCGCUUCUUUGUCUCCGUUGUAUUUAUACACCACAGCCCACUGAUAAAUUUAGCAAUAACCUGUUUUGUCACUGAACCUAACUGACUGUUUGAACAAAUGGCACUUUGAGGGUUGAUCAUUAUGGCUCUGUGGCUCUGUAAUGCUAAUAAAUGCUCUUUAGCACCUACAGUUGA